AUGUACAAAAAAUCUUUACAGGAUAUAUCUUAUCGAUAUGAAAAGAAUUAUAGGUUUAAAAACAAAUUAAAUGAUGUAAAAGUUGUCGCAACACAGUCUAUAAGUUAUGGGAAAAUUAUUCGUACAUUGUGUGGAAUGACAGCAGCUAUUAAACCUGAAGAUAUAAAAAUUGGUGUGAAUGACUUCUCAAUCUUGACGAGUUCGCGCACCAAAAAAGAUUUGUUAUUCCUGGGCCCUGCGGCAUACAUUAAUCACAGUUGCCAAUACAAUACUGAAUGGGUCGCCGGACAUGGCGAAGGCGUUUGGUGCGCGAAAGCAAUAGAAAACAUACCCAUUGGCUCUGAAAUAACAACGUACUACGGUGAUAAUUACUUUGGUUCAAGAAUAUUGGAUGUACAAGAUCCAAUAGCCAAAGUCAAAUCUCCUGUGACACAAGUAGAGAGUAUGGGUGAACACAAUCAAGAUACAGACGAUACAGAAGAUAGUGAUACUCGUGUAGGGAGUAUGGAUGUACAAAAUCAACCUGAAUACCAAACAGCAGAUCCAAUAGCCAAAGUCAAAUCUCCUGUGACACAAGUCAAGAGUAUGGAUGUACAAGAUCAACCUGAAUACCAAACAGCAGUUCCAAUAGCCAAAGUCAAAUCUCCUAUGACACAAGUAGAGAGUAUGGGUGAACACGAUCAAGAUACAGACGAUGCAGAAGAUAGUAAUACACGUGUAGGGAGUAUAGAUGAACAAGAUCAAACUGAAUACCAAACAGAAGUUCCAAUAGCCAAAGUCAAAUCUCCUGUGACACAAGUAGAGAGUAUGGGUGAACACAAUCAAGAUACAGACGAUGAAGAAGAUAGUGAUACAGAUGAUGCUGAAGAUAGUGAUACAGAUGAUGCUGAAGAUAGUGAUACAGAUGUAGGGAGUAUGGAUGAACAAGAACAACCUGAAUACCAAACAGAAGUUCCAAUAGCCAAAGUCAAAUCACCUGUGACACAAGUAGAGAGUAUGGGUGAACACGAUCAACCUGAAAACCAAACAGCAGUUCCAAUAGCCAAAGUCAAAUCUCCUGUGACACAAGUCAAGAGUAUGGAUGUACAAGAUCAACCUGAAUACCAAACAGCAGUUCCAAUAGCCACAGUAAAAUCUCCUGUAACACAAGUAGAGAGUAUGGGUGAACACGAUCAAGAUACAGACGAUGAAGAAGAUAGUGAUACAGAUGAUGCUGAAGAUAGUGAUACAGAUGUAGGGAGUAUGGAUGAACAAGAACAACCUGAAUACCAAACAGAAGUUCCAAUAGCCAAAGUCAAAUCUCCUGUGACACAAGUAGAGAGUAUGGGUGAACACGAUCAACCUGAAAACCAAACAGCAGUUCCAAUAGCCAAAGUCAAAUCUCCUGUGACACAAGUAGAGAGUAUGGGUGAACACAAUCAAGAUACAGACGAUGAAGAAGAUAGUGAUACAGAUGAUGCUGAAGAUAGUGAUACAGAUGUAGGGAGUAUGGAUGAACAAGAACAACCUGAAUACCAAACAGAAGUUCCAAUAGCCACAGUCAAAUCUCCUGUGACACAAGUAGAGAGUAAAUACACCUCCCAUUCUUAUACUGAUAAAUUCUAUGUUACAGAAACACAUAUUUAUAAAUGCACAUAUCCUCAAUGUGUAAGGAAAUUUAAAAGAGCAGUGUGGUGUGAUCGUCAUUUGGAGAGACAUUUCAAAAAUCAUGUUUGUCCUACAUGUCAGAAAAAAUUUCGCUGUCCUGAAUGUGGAGUUUGUUUCGGUAUGUCUAUCACAUUGUUUCGACAUAGAAAAAAGAUUCAUCUUUAUCGGGUGGAGGCGUAA